AUUUACGCCCACCUGGUUCGCCGCCUCCUGUUCUUCUCGUUCACUUGCUUCCCAUUCCGAGUGCCGCCCGCCACCCGGGCACCCGGCUAAAGCUUCGUCCGCACCCACCGCCGCUUCGCGUCUCUCCCCGCGGCCACGAGGUGCACGCUCGCUUCAUAGGAACCGCGCGGAGGAGGCCGGCCGAGAAGGGGAGGCGCCGUGUUCAAGGGGCCGCGGCGCGGGGAGCAUAGGCGGCGUACGUGUGCGCCGUGCACUCGCGCGUGCGCGCGUACGCCGUACGCGUACGUGCGUGAGAGCAGCAGCAGGAGGAGGAGGAAGAGGAGGAGCGCAUGGGGUCGAGACGGCGGCGGCACCACCACCACCACGGCCCGUGGCUGGUGCCCGCAGUGGCUCCGGCCGCGGCGGCGUUCGCGGCGGCGGGGCUGCUGCUCGUCGUCGUCGCGUUCCACUGCUUCCUGUCGCCGCCACUCGCCGACGGCGGCAAAGGCGGCGGCGGGCGUGUCGUCCGGCGCCCGAACCCGCCGUUCCUGUUGAACAAGCCAGCGGAGGUUGCCAGGAGUGUGAUUGGCGCCGUGGAUUUCACUGUUCCUAGCGGCGGGAGCAAGCUUGGGGAGGAGCUCUGGGAGUCGAAGGCGGCGGGCAACUUCUUCGGCUGCAGCAACGCGACCAAGCAAUUCGCCGAUGCCAUGGCUGUGACGAAGUCGGACCGUUACCUGAUGAUCGCAACGAGCGGCGGACUGAAUCAGCAGCGAACAGGGAUCAUAGAUGCUGUUGUUGCAGCCCGCAUACUGAAUGCAACACUUGUCAUUCCAAAGCUGGAUGAAGAAUCCUUCUGGAAUGAUGCGAGUGACUUUGCAGAGAUAUUUGAUGUGGAUUCAUUCAUAUACUCACUCUCGAAUGAUGUAAAGGUCAUACGACAAUUGCCUGAUAUGAAUGGGAAAAAGCUUUCGCCGUAUAAGAUGCGUAUUCCUAGGAAGUGUACUCCAAAAUGCUAUGAGAACAGAGUGCUACCUGCUCUUCUGAAAAAACAUGUUAUUCAAUUAACAAAAUUUGACUACCGAGUGUCCAAUAGGCUAGAGACUGACCUUCAAAAACUUAGGUGUAGAGUCAAUUAUCAUGCACUACAGUUCACAGAUCCAAUCCUAAGAAUGGGCGAAUUGCUUGUCCAAAGAAUGAAGGCAAAGAGUGGACGGUUCAUUGCUCUUCACCUAAGAUUUGAGCCUGACAUGCUCGCUUUCUCUGGUUGCUAUUAUGGGGGUGGAGACAUUGAGAGAAGAGAACUCGGUGAGAUUCGUAAGAGGUGGAAAACCCUGCAUGCAAGCAACCCUGACAGAGAACGACGGCAAGGUAAGUGCCCUCUGACACCAGAGGAAGUCGGCCUCAUGCUUAGGGCACUGGGAUUUGGGAAGGAUGUACACCUAUAUGUUGCAUCAGGAGAUGUAUAUGGAGGCGAGGAAACGUUGGCACCUCUGAAAGCACUCUUUCCAAACUUUCACUCAAAGGAGACUCUAGCAAGCAAGGAGGAGUUGGCGCCUUUCUUACCAUAUUUAUCUCGCAUGGCUGCUCUUGAUUUUAUUGUAUGUGAUAGGAGUGAUGUUUUCGUGACAAACAACAAUGGCAACAUGGCCAGAAUGUUGGCUGGUCGAAGGAGAUAUUUUGGGCACAGGAGGACCAUAAGGCCCAAUGCUAAGAAACUAUACUCACUAUUUCUGAAUCGAACCAGUAUGAGUUGGGACACAUUUGCAUCCAAAGUUCUGACAACCCAAAAGGGAUUCAUGGGGGAGCCCAAUGAGAUUAAACUAGGAAGAGGCGAAUUCCAUGAGCAUCCUAUGGAUUGCAUUUGUGCAAAAGCCAAGGAAAAAAUUGGGCAGAGCAAGCCUCAUCAAAUUAAACGUGCUGGAGAAGCUGCGGAGAACCAUUCUAGUGAUGGAGACCUCGACUGGAGGGAUUUGGACUAUGGAGAGCAUACACCAUUGGGCAGGGAUUCAUCUAAGGAAUCUGAAUCAGAUGAUAUUCGUGUUGGUGGAUCAGACAUUCCUGAAUUGGAGGACAUGAUGUCGGACUAGAUACUUAAAAAUAGAUAUUUCUAUAUAGGUUUGUUUUUCUUUUCAAAGGGCUUGGUGAUAAACUAUUGUGUUUACAGAAGCUGCUGCAUAGGUUAUCAUUUCUCCUGUUUAUUUCUUGGAGACUUAUAGAAGAGAGUAAGAGUUUUGGCUGGCCCGGCAAAGAAGAAAGGGCAGGAAGAGCUUCCUGCAGAAAAAGCAGAGAAGCCUUCAGUUCAGUAUGAGUUAAACAACUGUACAGUGUUUGAUUGGUCCUCAAGUAAUGCUGAUUGGUAAACUAGAAGAUGUUUUCCCUUUCAUAUAGUUUGUACCGUAAAUAGAUGCUACAAAAGUCCCUUCUUUAAGCUUUUACUGUGUAGUGUUAUAAUUAGAAGAAUUUGCUUGGGUUUAGCAUUUAUUCUUGGUCUUUUUUCUUUCACAAUAAAAGUCUGUCACCAAUUUUGCACCUCCAUCGAAAUUUGUAUAUAUAACUUGAAGCAUGAGAAUGAAAAAGGAGAUUUUGUACCGA